UUGUAUAAAAGCAUACAAAUCCUCUCUCAGUUCUUGUGCUUGUUGAUCCAUUGACAUUUCACUCACCGUCCUCAUCCAAUCUUCGCAAUAGUCAAUCAAUACCUUCACAACUCGACCAUAAAAAUGGCAGUAAUAAACCAAGCAGCAGCCAAGCUCCGCGCUCAACUCUUCGACUCGGAUGAGCUCAUCGUUUGCCCGGGCGUGCAAGAUGGUCUCUCCGCUAGGGUUUGUCUUCAGCAGGGUUUCAAGAAUCUGUACAUGACCGGCGCAGGCACCGCCAUCUCCCUCCUAGGCAUGCCCGACCUCGGCCUCACCACCGCCGACGACAUGGUCCGGCAAGCGUCCAUGCUCUCCUCGCUCGACCGGUCCGUGCCGCUAAUCGCCGACAUCGACACCGGCUUCGGCGGGCCCGUGAUGGUCGCGCGCACCGUCGAGCGCUACAUCCUGGGUGGCGUCGCCGGGUUGCAUCUCGAAGACCAAGUAACCACCAAACGGUGCGGCCACCUGGGGGGCAAAGAGAUGGUGGACGUGGGGACCUUUGUGGCGCGCAUCCGCGCCGCUCGCGAAGCGCGCGAGCGCUUGCAGAGUGAUAUCGUAAUCAUCGCCCGCACUGAUGCGCUGCAGAGCAUGGGUUUUGAGGAGGCGGUUAGUCGGUUGAAAGCGGCGGUGGAGGCGGGCGCGGACGCGGCCUUCUUGGAAGGCGUCAAGGAUCGCGAGGAGAUGAAGAAAUUCACGGCGGCGAUGGCGCCCACGCCGUGCUUGGUCAAUUUGGUACCCGGCGGACUGACGCCGUUGGUGAACGCCAAGGAGGCCAAGGAGUUGGGGUACAGGAUUGCGAUUUGGCCGUGCUUUGCCAUGACACAUGCGUAUGUGGCAUACCAGAAGGCGGCGAGGGAGUUGAUGGAGACGGGGGCGGUGACGGCUGGGUUUACGGAAAAGCAAAAGGGCGAGGGCGAGGGGGAGAAAGCGCCGGGUGGGGUUAGGGAGCUUUUUGAGCUCUGUGGGUUGAGUGAGUGCGUGGAGUUCGAUAACAAGAUGGGCGGACAGACGUUUUCGAAGGGGGUUUAAGUUGAGGUUUGUAUACGCGCUGGCGAGGAGAGGUAUGGAGAAAGGAGCGACUUCAGAAUAGUCUAAUGAUAUACCCAAAAUCCUCUGGCAGAAUAAUACAAUCAUAAGAUCACGCACUAGGCAACGAACGCGAU